UCAGGUCGCGACGGCGCACAAUAAUUAGCCCCUACGCUGUAUUCAUCAUCAUUCUACCUGUUUUUGUUCUCUUUUCUCGCGUAUCUGCGUCGUCGCAGUUUUCAAAAAUGUAACGUUUGCGCUUUAAGGACGCGAUAAUUCUUUGGACAACAAAAGGCAAAAAAAAAAAUUAUGUUCCAGUCUUCAUGACCUGUUGGCUUCACAUCCUCUAAAGCGGAACGAGUCUCAUCACACCAUGCUUUUCUCCCUGCGCGAGCUGGUUCAGUGGCUCGGCUUCGCCACCUUCGAGCUCUUCCUCCACCUUGCCGCUCUGCUCGUGUUCAGCGUGCUCGUGGCUCUCCGCGUGGACCUCCAGUCCAACGUGAGCUGGUGGCUGGUGUUCGUGCCGCUGUUCGCCGCAGACGGCCUCAGCACCUACUUCACGGCCAUCGUCUCCAUCCGCCUGUAUCAGGAAGGUGAGGAGCGGCUGGCCGUGCUUCGUCUGCUCUGGGUGCUCACCGUGCUUAGCCUUAAGCUGGUAUGCGAGGUGCUGCUUUGCCAGAAACUAGCCGAGAUCGAGCAGACACGGGACCCGCUCUUCGGCCUCAUAGUCUCGCCACUGUUCGUCCUGCUGCAGCUGCUCAUGAUACGCGCAUGCCGUGUUAAUUAAUAUGAACACGAUCGUCGCCGUUUUAAGUUCGGCGUUACUCACAUAAACUUAAACGAACAUUUCUGAGCCGUUAUUUGCUCACGUGCAAAUAUUUAAUCAGAGAGAGAUUUGAUUACAAUUCAGAGUUGCAGCGUAAGUGACAUUCACACGUUUUUUUCUUUCUUUAUCUUUUUAAUGGUUUAACUGUACAAACAUGGUGUAUUGUAUCCAUUAAAGCGAAUCAGCUGUAUCUGUUUGUCGUGGGUUUUUUUAUGAUUAUUUAUGAAUUUCUGAUGUCCUAAAUGCUGAACGACAAAAGAUUUAAUUUCUCUCUCUGGGAAUGAUGUUGCUCCUGUUCUGCCUGUGUAAUGACAUCACUUCAUUUGUAUAUAUUGUAAAUAAAUCAGUA